AUGCUGCCCCGCCCCAUUCUCCCGCUUUCCAUCACCCCGCCCCAUUCUCCCUCCUUCCAUCACCCCUCCCUAUUCUCCCUCUUUCCAUCAUCGCGCACCAUUCUCCCUCUUUCCAUCACCCCGCCCUAUUCUUCCUCUUUCUAUCACCCCGCCCCGUUCUCCCGCUUUCCAUUACCCCGCCCCGUUCUCCCGCUUUCUAUCAUCCCGCCUCGUUCUCCCGCUUUCCAUCACCACGCCCCGUUCUCCCACUUUCCAUCACCCUGCCCCGUUCUCCCGCUUUCCAUCACCCCGCCCCGUUCUCCCGCUUUCCAUCACCCCGACCCGUUCUCCCGCUUUCCAUCACCCCGCCCCGUUCUCCUGCUUUCCAUCACCCCGCCCCGUUCUCCCGCUUUCCAUCACCCUGCCCCGUUCUCCCUCUUUCCAUCACCCCGCCCCGUUUUCCCGAUUUCCGUCACCCCGCCCCGUUCUCCCGCUUUCCAUCACCCCGCCCCAUUCUCCCGCUUUCCAUCACCCCGACCCGUUCUCCCGCUUUCCAUCACCCCGCCCCGUUCUCCCGCUUUCCAUCACCCCGCCCCGUUCUCCCGCUUUCCAUCACCCCGCCCCGAUCUCCCGCUUUCCAUCACCCUGCCCCAUUCUCCCUCUUUCCAUCACCCCGCCCCGUUCUCCCGCUUUCCAUCACCCAGCCCCGUUCUCCCGCUUUCCAUCACCCCGCCCCAUUCUCCCUCUUUCCAUCACCCCGCCCCAAUCUCCCGCUUUCCAUCACCCUGCCCCAUUCUCCUGCUUUCCAUCACCCGGCCCCGUUCUCCCACUUUCCAUCACCCCGCCCCAAUCACCCGCUUUCCAUCACCCCGCCCCAUUCUCCUGCUUUCCAUCACCCUGCCCCAUUCUCCCUCUUUCCAUCACCCCGCCCCGUUCUCCCGCUUUCGAUCACCCCGCCCCGUUCUCCCGCUUUCCAUCACCCCGCCCCAUUCUCCCUCUAUCCAUCACCCCGCCCUGAUAUCCCGCUUUCCAUCACCCUGCCCCAUUCUCCCGCUUUCCAUCACCCCGCCCCGUUCUCCCACUUUCCAUCACCCUGCCCCAUUCACCCGCUUUCCAUCACCCCGCCCCAUUCUCCUGCUUUCCAUCAACCCGCCCCAUUCUCCCGCUUUCCAUCACCCUGCCCCAUUCACCCGCUUUCCAUCAACCCGCCCCAUUCUCCCUCCUUCCAUCACCCCUCCCUAUUCUCCCUCUUUCCAUCACCCAACCAUUUCUCCCUCUUUCCAUCAUCGCGCCCCAUUCUCCCUCUUUCCAUCACCCCGCCCUAUUCUUCCUCUUUCCAUCACCCCGCCCCGUUCUCCCGCUUUCCAUCACUCCGCCACGUUCUCCCACUUUCCAUCAUCCCGCCUCGUUCUCCCGCUUUCCAUCACCACGCCCCGUUCUCCCACUUUCCAUCACCCCGCCCCGUUCUCCCGCUUUCCAUCACCCCGCCCCGUUCUCCCGCUUUCCAUCACCCCGACCCGUUCUCCAGCUUUCCAUCACCCCGCCCCGUUCUCCCGCUUUCCAUCACCCUGCCCCGUUCUCCCGCUUUCCAUCACCCUGCCCCGAUCUCCCGCUUUCCAUCACCCUGCCCCAUUCUCCCUCUUUCCAUCACCCCGCCCCGUUCUCCCGCUUUCCGUCACCCCGCCCCGUUCUCCCGCUUUCCAUCACCCCGCCCCGAUCUCCCGCUUUCCAUCACCCUGCCCCAUUCUCCCUCUUUCCAUCACCCCGCCCCGUUCUCCCGCUUUCCAUCACCCAGCCCGUUCUCCCGCUUUCCAUCACCCCGCCCCAUUCUCCCUCUAUCCAUCACCCCGCCCUGAUAUCCCGCUUUCCAUCACCCUGCCCCAUUCUCCCGCUUUCCAUCACCCCGCCCCGAUCUCCCACUUUCCAUCACCCUGCCCCAUUCACCCGCUUUCCAUCACCCCGCCCCAUUCUUUUUCUUUCCAUCAACCCGCCCCAUUCUCCCGCUUUCCAUCACCCCACCCCAUUCUCCCGCUUUCCAUCACCCCGCCCCAUUCUCCCGCUUUCCAUCACCCCGCCCCAUUCUCCCGCUUUCCAUCACCCCGCCCCAUUCUCCCUCUUUCCAUCACCCCUCCCUAUUCUCCCUCUUUCCAUCACCCAACCCAUUUCUCCCUCUUUCCAUCAUCGCGCCCUAUUCUUCCUCGUUCCAUCACCCCGCCCUAUUCUUCCUCUUUCCAUCACCCCGCCCCGUUCUCCCGCUUUCCAUCACCCCGCCCCAUUCUCCCGCUUUCCAUCACCCCGCCCCAUUCUCCCGCUUUCCAUCACCCCGCCCCAUUCUCCCUCUUUCCAUCACCCCUCCCUAUUCUCCCUCUUUCCAUCACCCAACCCAUUUCUCCCUCUUUCCAUCAUCGCGCCCUAUUCUUCCUCGUUCCAUCACCCCGCCCUAUUCUUCCUCUUUCCAUCACCCCGCCCCGUUCUCCCGCUUUCCAUCACCCCUCCCUAUUCUCCCUCUUUCCAUCACCCAACCCAUUUCUCCCUCUUUCCAUCAUCGCGCCCUAUUCUUCCUCGUUCCAUCACCCCGCCCUAUUCUUCCUCUUUCCAUCACCCCACCCCAUUCUCCCGCUUUCCAUCACCCCGCCCCAUUCUCCCGCUUUCCAUCACCCCGCCCCAUUCUCCCGCUUUCCAUCACCCCGCCCCAUUCUCCCUCUUUCCAUCACCCCUUCCUAUUCUCCCUCUUUCCAUCACCCAACCCAUUUCUCCCUCUUUCCAUCAUCGCGCCCUAUUCUUCCUCGUUCCAUCACCCCGCCCUAUUCUUCCUCUUUCCAUCACCCCGCCCCGUUCUCCCGCUUUCCAUCACCCUGCCCCGUUCUCCCGCUUUCCAUCAUCCCGCCUCGUUCUCCCGCUUUCCAUCACCACGCCCCGUUCUCCCACUUUCCAUCACCCCGCCCCGUUCUCCUGCUUUCCAUCACCCCGCCCCGUUCUCCCGCUUUCCAUCACCCCGACCCGUUCUCCCGCUUUCCAUCACCCCGCCCCGUUCUCCCGCUUUCCAUCACCCCGCCCCGUUCUCCCGCUUUCCAUCACCCCGCCGCGAUCUCCCGCUUUCCAUCACCCUGCCCCAUUCUCCCUCUUUCCAUCACCCCGCCCCGUUCUCCCGCUUUCCAUCACCCCGCCCCGUUCUUCCGCUUUCCAUCACCCCGCCCCGUUCUCCCGCUUUCCAUCACCCCGCCCCAUUCUCCCUCUUUCCAUCACCCCGCCCCAAUCUCCCGCUUUCCAUCACCCUGCCCCAUUCUCCUGCUUUCCAUCACCCGGCCCCGUUCUCCCACUUUCCAUCACCCCGCCCCAAUCACCCGCUUUCCAUCACCCCGCCCCAUUCUCCUGCUUUCCAUCACCCCGCCCCAUUCUCCCGCUUUCCAUCACCCCACCCCAUUCUCCCGCUUUCCAUCACCCCGCCCCAUUCUCCCACUUUCCAUCACCCGCCCCAUUCUCCCGCUUUCCAUCACCCCGCCCCAUUCUCCCUUUUUCCAUCACCCCGCCCUAUUCUCCCGCUUUCCAUCACCCCGCCCCAUUCUCCCUCUUUCCAUCACCUCGCCCCAUUCUCCUGCUUUCUAUCACCCCGCCCCAUUCUCCCGCUUUCCAUAA